GGGAAAGGAUUCCAGCCUCCACCUCACACAUGCUUGCUGCUGCUCUCCAGCCUGCAACUUGCUCUAAAGCUCCAGAUUGGUCCAGCAAGCCACAGAGGGCUGGAAGAGAGCCUCUAUAUAUUGCUCAGCGGGAAAGAGCUCCAGACAGUGCUGAACUUUUCAAAGACUCGUUUUGCUCUUAAGAAGUUUUGUUUAAAGCUAAGAAGCUAACCCAUUUACCAAGAUGUGCAAAGGACUGGCAGCCUUGCCCCACUCAUGCCUGGAAAGGGCCAAGGAGAUUAAGAUCAAGUUGGGAAUUCUUCUCCAGAAGCCAGACUCAGCUGUUGACCUUGUCAUUCCAUAUAAUGAGAAGUCGGAGAAACCAGCCAAGACCCAGAAGCCCUCGCUGGACGAGGCCCUGCAGUGGCGGGAUUCCUUGGACAAGCUCCUGCAGAACAACUAUGGGCUUGCCAGUUUCAAAAGUUUCCUGAAGUCUGAAUUCAGUGAAGAAAAUCUUGAGUUCUGGAUUGCCUGUGAGGACUACAAGAAGAUCAAGUCCCCUGCCAAGAUGGCUGAGAAAGCAAAGGAAAUUUAUGAAGAAUUCAUCCAAACUGAGGCUCCUAAAGAGGUGAAUAUUGAUUACUUCACUAAAGACAUCACAAUGAAGAACCUGAUGGAACCUUCCUUAAGCAGCUUUGACAUGGCCCAGAAGAGAAUCCAUGCCCUGAUGGAAAAGGAUUCACUGCCUCGCUUUGUGCGCUCAGAAUUUUAUCAGGAGUUAGUCAAGUAAAAAUACGGUGAGGCUAUUAAAAUCAUCCUGGAAGUUACAUCCUCCAUAAUCACGCUGCAUUUUCCAGUAACCUAUAUAUCUCCACAUUGCUUUGUGCAAAAAUACCCAAACUGGGAAAACUUCAAGGAGUGUCCCUUUUCAUUUGCCCAUACUGUUUUGGAUAUGGAUCUUUUAUUCUGUCCGGUGCCUUCCUUCUCAUAUCUUCUUUCUAUCUCAUUCCUAAUUACGCUCUACCCAGCAAUUCUUUCAGCCUCAAUCAGAAUCACAGAAUUCUCCCUAAGAUAAAACUACAUAAGAAAAAGAUAUGGCAUCACCAAAUGUGGGUUUAGACAGACAAUGAUCACCACCUAAAUUAGUCUAAGAAAGAAUAUAGAUGUGAAAGACGGAAUUUAAAUGAUCUAGUUUAUUGUUCUGAUUCCUGUUCAGAGAGAUCAUCUCCUAAUUACUUCUGAAUUUGGUUAUAAAAAGGUGUAAGGUUUCACUUUAUUUUUCAAGAAAAUACAUUCUUUAAAGUACUGAUCUUUCCCUUAGGGCAUCUUCCUGUUAACUAGGUACUAUAGAGAUGUGAUAACUAUAAUGUGUUUAUACAAAAUCAACUUGAAUACAAUUCAUAUUAAUUCAUAAGUACCUCCUUCACUGGCUUCCCUACAAACUUACCAAAUUCAGUUUUAAAUCCAUCACCUAGGGCUGGGGAUUUAGCUCAGCGGCACAGCGCCUGCCUGGCAAGCACAAGGUUGUGAGUUGGGUUCCCGAUACUGGAAAAAAAAAAAACUAACUAAAUAAAUAAAUCCAUCACCUAAAAUCAACAGUGGACUAUAUAUAAAUGUAUCUAUGUCCCUAUGAUAUAAGCCAAAAAUUUUAAUUUUCAAGUAAUUGAAACCCAUGUGAGGGUACAAUUAGCUCAAAAAUUUGUAACUCCAGACAUAUAAAUUAAAACUGUUGCUAUGCAGUAGUGAUGUCUCACCUCAAUAUCAAAAGAACAGUACACUAAAAGUGGAAAAUAUUGUUAAAUUGAAAAUGGCUAAUUACCUUAUGAUGCCAUCUAUUUUUUUGGAGAGAUGAUUUUCUUCAAAAACAAAAUUAUAUUUAAAAAAUUACCGUGAUUGUAUGUAGAGGCUUUCUAUAUGAGACAGAAUUUUAAAAUAUCCUGAAUUUUGCAAAGUAUUGUGAUCUUCUAGCAACCCAUCUUCUCACACUGAUUUGCUUCCUGCAUUAGUAACUUGUAACUGUAGCCAGAAGUUCAGAUUUAUAUUUCUGACAUGCCUCCCACACAACUAAUCUAUAGGUCAUGAUACUUUUAGUAGGUUUGUGUAUGUCAUUAUCACAAGUCUUGCUAGAAUCUUUUUCUUAUCUUUAAUGAAUUUGAUUAAGUAAUGACUCACAUAAGUUAAUAGUAAACUGAAUCAGAUUGAACCAUGUAUGAGUGUUGUAAGGGAAUUGAGUGAAUUUACAAGCAAGGAAGUGGUUUUUAAAAGAUUAAUAAAUUCUGAAAUGUUUAAGGAGAGGGUUACACCAUUUAGUCUUGUAUUUCCCAGUUUUGUUACUCUUUUACAUUUGCACACUUUUAGUAUGUGUGUAGCUCACUCAGUUAUUACUUAGCAGUAUUGUAAGUAAAGCAAUUAUGUUAUUCUGUUUUUGGUAAACACUGACUGCAUGGUGGGUUUUCUGUAUUUUUUCAUUUCAAAGGAUAACAUGUCUGAAUAGUCUGACAUUUCACAUUCAGAAAAUAGUUUGGAGCGAUUAGGUCUACAACAACUGCAACUGGUAUGAAUUCCAUUCAUUCUCACCGAUGUUGCUCACUUUAGAGAAACUCCUAAUGAGUCAGUCCACAACUAGGUGGGGUCAAUAUUGUGAGCAUGAAGAAAUUCUUGUCCUACACAUUUAUAUGAGACUGACAGGGAGCUCAGAUCAAACAUUCCAGGGUGUCCUUUGGCACUUUCUUUCUUAACAUCUGUCUGCUGUUCUCAAACUCAGUUGAACAAGUGCCAGCUCUUAACUUUCUCAUGCAGCUAGAAAUGUUAGGAACCAAAGAAUCUAGGUGAAUUGUUUCUUUCUUGAAUGCCAAACAUUUUAAGGAAAAAUGUAAUUAAAAAUUGUAAUAUUACUUUCAUAUUAUUUGAAAUAGGCAAGUGUUUUGAAGUACCAACAGAAUAAACUAGAUUUCAGAGGCCUUAUCCUGGGGUUCCUGUUAUGAAAACUUGCAUUGACCUUAUUCACCAACAUACUGCACACUCUGUGAGAAUGGCUGGACUUGUCAGUGGAGGAUGAGAAAGGCCUUAACUUCACAUAAGCUGACCCAGGAGGCAAAGGGCAGGAAAUGUACUGUAAGGGUCAUGUUGUAAAAGCUACAAAAAGAUGGAAAGAAGUAAUGUCCUUCAGCUAAAAGGUGACAUUAUUUCUGUAUAUCUAUAUAUCCAUCUAUAUCUAUAUAACUACAUAUAACUUUACAUUUAAAGUGGUACUUAUUAUACACAUGUAAUUCUUCCAACAUGUAGAAAUAAAUUAAAAGGAAUAUAGCGUUUCACCCCAAAAUGAGAAACCAAGUGCCCUAAAUUUUUUUUUUUUAAGUUUUCUUAAACCUACAAGAAAAACAGCCCAAAGCCCAGUGUAAGUAGUAGUUUUCAAGGUUACACUGAAAAAAUACAUUUUUCUAGCUCUGGAAAAUUAGAAAAAGGGGGAUGAUUUUUCCAGGAAAAAAUGUGUAACAUCUAUUUAUUAUUCCUUUUGCCACCUCCCAUUUCUCUCUACUUUCCCUUCCCUGGGAAUAUAGGAAACUUAAUACAAGAGCCUGUGGUACUCAUAUUUUCUUUCCCUGUGAAAAUGGAACCAAAGUUGUAAGUGGAUUUGGGAGGGAGAAAGGUGGUGGAACUGAAUUGUGGUCAGCGGAAGUAGGAGAAUAUGGUCCUCAUUCAAGAGCGAAACCAAGGGUUAACCCAGGUACUGCUCCAUGACCUAAGAGUUUCUGUCUGGGCUUGACACAGCUUGGUGUUGGGUCAGACUAAGUUUAAAUCAGAUAAGGACCGAUACAUUAUUAACUGUAGAGUAAAUUAGGAGGCUAUGUCUCACAUUUGUCUGCUUGUCCAGGCAAAUAUUCCUCCAUCCUUCACCUUCUCUUCUUCUUCCUCCUCUACAUAUGCGCGCAUGCACACGCGCGCACGCGCACACACACACACACACACACACACACACACAGGAACACUUUUCCAGAGAAACACAUUUUCUAUUUUCUUUCUCCUUUUCAAAGAUAGAAUUGAGGCAUAUCUGUAACUUGGCUUUCAAAUCAGUAGAGUCAAACAUGAAGACAUUUUGUUCCCCCCUACACAAUACUCCCAUGUAUUACAACUCUUUAUAAACUAUGUUCUAAGUAAAUUUCAGUGUUUAGUGCCUAAGGAGAACUUUCUGAAAAAUUUGUUUUUAUUUUCAUUCUCUUCAAAGCCAUUGAUUUUACUUGGCAGAUGUGUUCUCUGUGUACAAUCCAUUUCAAUAGGAUGAAAAUUACAUCUCCCAAAAUAAUCAGUAUCCAGAAGUUUCAACAAAAAUUUGAGCAUUAACAAGUCAGUUAUUAAACUAACAAACAUUCCCUUCUAGGGCUUUGCCAAACUGUCACAUUACAAAUUCAGUGGCUUGAGAAUCGCUGAAAAGGUUACUUAUAUUUCAGGGAAAUGAGUUACUCCUAAAAGUGUUCCCUUUAACAGCCAUUUUCAGUUUCCUGGGAACUGAACAGAUUUGGAAGAGAGUGGGCCAUGAGAGGUAGGGGAAGAAAGCAGAGAAAGAAGUGGUAAAGCAGUACCCAACCUAUGAAUUUCACCCACUGGCUAGAAACAUUUAAGAGCAGCUCAGCUUGGUGGAAAAUCAAUCCACUUCUUGCUCUGUCUUCCAGAUUCUCAGGGAGGCCGUUCUGGAUUCAGAAAGCAGCUAGGGGAGAGAUUUGAUUUUACUAUUGUAAGGACUCUUAACUAGAAAAAAGAAUGAAUAUGGAGGAUCUCCACUCUACUUGGGCUGUCAGUUGCCAGAAAGCAGAUAGGAGAACUCAGCUUCCAACACCCAAACAUCCAAACCCAAGGGCUAGGCAACUCUGUGUAGGUUUGGACAUGAAGUCUUGGUGUCUCUCAGUGUGUCUUGCUCAAAUAGCUAUUAGAGCCCUCUAAUUCUCUGUCUUUUCAUUGUAUUAGAAGCAUGAAUUUAACAUUUGUUCAAUGUAAGUUUCUGUAGUUAACAAUUUAGCAGCUGCCUCUUGUAUAAAACGUACUUUUCACCAGACAGAUUGUGUGGCAAACCAGAGCAGGCAAUAUUUCAAGAAAGGCUUUCCCCAGCACCAGUUAACCAUCCUGGAACUGGAAAGGUCAACUCCCCCACUGAGGGGAAAUCUGUAACUUUGAAUGGAAACUCAUAGCAGAGAGUGACAAGCAAAAUAUACAAAUAAAUCUUUGUAGUAUUAUCCUCAACUCAGAGUUUAAUAAUAAUUGUCCUGUUUUAGUAGAGAAUGUAGAAAACAACCUUAUUCAUACCCAGUUUAAUAACUGUCUUAUAAGUCAUUUAUUCUCUCACUUGAAAUAUUUUUCCUUCCCAUCUCACCCCAUACUUUCCUUUCUCUUUUCCUUCUGUGAGAAGAAAUAUUUAAAACAGAUCUAACCACACUUAAUAUAAUAAUAAAUACAUUAAAGCAUUUAACUUCCUAUCUAGGAAAGCACAGACAAAACCAAUGAGAAAUGUACUAUUGGAGAAAAUCAAUCUGGAUAAUGUUUGAUUUGGAGAAACCAAAGCUUCUUUUUUUUUAAUGUGGCAACUCAAAUAUCAUUUUCAGAACACACUGCCAAGAGAAUUGAGUAGAAAUGGAAGGUUUAUUAAAACAUUUUUUUCAGCAUUUUUCCCAUAAAUUUUUAAUUCUUGAACAAUUGUGUUUAUCUUCUGAUUUUUUUGUAUCCAAACCUCAUGUACUACAUAUGUAACCCACAUUUUUUAAUAAAUUAAGCACCAAAUAUGUAUCUGUAACCAUAAUCACAUAUAUCAUAUUAAAUAUAUAUCUAUGUAAUAGC